AUGUUUUCCCAUCAGCUCAAGCGGCUGCUGCAGAAGAAGUCGAUACACCGUUACAAUUGGGAUCCUUUACCGAUGUACGAUCCUCGCAAGCUCGUGCAUGCUAGUCGUCAUAUGGAUGUUGAAACGUGGCGCGAGGUACCCGACCCACAUUGGGAUGAACGGUCUUAUUUGGUACCGGAUCAGAUGUUUUACAACAUUCCCGUGCCUCCAGAGUAUAAAGAUGCGUAUUGGUGGAGGGAGCUGCAGGCGCGGCGCGUGCAGUGCCCAGUGGAGUGGGUGAGUCAUCGCAUGUACAACAAAGGGGACAGACAACGAUACGACUUCCAGGAUUUGGCGUUCCGCAAGAAGUUCGAGUUUUCAUAUGAAGAGGUAGUGAAGAACGCAAAGGAUAUGCGAAGUUAG